ACACUCACUGUGGCAACUAAGGGGUUAAUCCUCUACAUUGUGUGAAAAUGCUGUUUGAUCCUGACUUCUCUGAUCCUUUUCUUCCAGUGUCCCCCUGUUAUCUCCUGAUAAGACCUAUAUCAUGUGGAGUCACUCUGCACAUGAUCAAUUUGGUGUGUAUUGCUAGAGGUUUUUUUUCUUGGGAGAGUGCAUAUGAUCAGCACAAGGCCAAUGAGCACUGUCCAAACAGAGGGCAGGAGUUUUGCAGCCUCAUAGAACAAUUAGGGGUGAAUGAAAACUUCCACAAGCUUUAACGAGUGUUCUGCUGAACACUGAUAGAGCAGUCUUAGGUAUUUAGCAGUUUAUAUUUACUAAAAUAAUUGCACUUCCAUGUUCUGUGUACUGUGGGAGACCAGAUAUCCUGAAU